AGCAGUAAGCAUAAAAUAAUUAGAUCUUUACAUAUUUUUAACACAUUUUACACAAACUUAAAUAUUAUUAAUAACGUGGUAAACGGAGCAUCUUUUAGUAAAGAUGGUGCCCUGUUAUUCUAAACUAAUAUUUGGUUUACUGCUAGCUAUUGGCUGCAGCUUCCUUUGCGCUGAGCAACUUGAUGCCAAUCUGACAAAUCACUAUAUUGCUCUAGCUCAAUCAAAUGCGCUGACCUCAAUUGCCAAACCGAUUCCAGUGGCUGCUGUAGAUGUGGAAAAAGAGGAUACAUCAAUGACUUCAUCAAAGACUUCGGCAUUGAUAUCUUCUAUCACAACAACUAUCGUGGUUUCAACGACUACACUUAUGCCUGCCAUCACCACAGCCACAACAACUAACGCAACUGCUAUCUCGCCAAUCUCAGAGCAUAUCAUUGGUUCAUGGAACUCCAGUUGUAUUAUGAUUAUGAUGACAGCACAGUUGACUUUCACGUACUAUACCAAGGAUAAUAGGCUCCGCAUUGCAUUAUUAAAUAUACCCACUGACGCAAAAGUUGGUAAUAGUUCAUGUGAGGGCCACCAUAAACAAAACAUAUUGAUCACUUGGGGUCCUAUUGACGCAAUAAAUACCAUGAUUCUCCAAUUUGACAUGAAAGAGCGAUCAGUGCAGAUGACAAUGGUGAGCAUCAACAUUUCAUUGAACAGUUACCGUUUCCUAGAUGCAAAGGAGAAUCAAACAAUUCAAUUGUCACACCGUGGAAUCCAUUUCAGAGCACCCAGAAAAAUGUCUUAUCAUUGCAUCUAUCCACGGGAACUGCAAUUUACUGAAUCCAAUGCUAAUGUUGAACCGGUGCAUGGGAAAAUGAUUGUUCGUAAUGUGCAAGUGCAGGCUUUUCUUCCCGCCCAUGCUGAACACUUCUCGGCUGCUCAUGAUUGUAAUAGACCGGAAACUGAUUUUGUACCACUUGCAGUAGGUUUUACAUUCACUGUUCUAAUUAUUAUUAUUCUCGUCGCAAACUCGGUUGCAAGAAGUCAUUUCGCACGCGGCUAUAUGAGUUUCUAAGAUAUAUGCAAUUUUUACAAGUAGUUUGAAAUAUGAAGAUUGGUGAAGAUCUGAACAUGAGGCGAUAUAUUUUAAAACCAGAAAAUUAAGAAGAAAAAAAAAUUACUUGAUACGAUUAACAACGUACUAGUAAUUAAUUACUAAAAAAAAUCAAUUUAUUUUAGAG